AAACAAAUAAUUUCACAUCUGUAGUCGUUUUAAGUAGUGGAUUUGUGCUGCUACUAGCGUGAAAUUAAUUAAAAAAAACACUUGUGUAUUCAUUCUUAGGUAAAAUGGUGCUUCAAGUUCUGAGACGUUCUGCAACUCUAGCGCGCAGUCUGCAGCAACUGAGUCGACGCAAUUGGGUGAUUUCACCCCUAGUCACUAGGGGAUUGGCCUCUGAAGCUUAUCGUGUAGAAUCGGACACAUUUGGCGAACUAAAAGUGCCAGCUGACAAGUAUUAUGGCGCUCAGACAAUGCGUUCCAAAUUGAAUUUUCCCAUUGGUGGAUCUUCCGAGCGCAUGCCGCAACCGGUUAUUCAAGCGAUGGGAAUUUUAAAGAAAGCUGCCGCAGAGGUCAACAAGGAGUUCGGUCUUGACGCCAAGGUUAGCGACGCUAUUUCCAAAGCUGCUGACGAUGUCAUAUCCGGUAAAUUGUAUGAGGAUCAUUUCCCCUUGGUGAUUUGGCAAACAGGUUCAGGCACACAAACUAACAUGAACGUCAAUGAGGUGAUCAGCAACCGUGCCAUUGAAUUGUUGGGCGGUGAAUUAGGUUCAAAGACCCCCGUACAUCCCAACGAUCAUGUGAAUAAGUCGCAGAGCUCUAAUGACACAUUCCCUACAGCUAUACACAUUUCGGUUGCAUUGGAACUCAACAAUAACCUGAAACCUGCCAUAAAAAUUUUACAUGAUGCGCUCAAAGCUAAAUCCGAAGAAUUCAAGGAUAUCAUCAAGAUUGGACGUACACAUACCAUGGAUGCGGUGCCACUGACGCUGGGUCAAGAGUUCAGUGCUUAUGCACAGCAAAUGGCUUAUGCACUCGAUCGCAUCGAUGCCGCACUGCCGCGCGUCUACGAAUUGGCUUUGGGCGGUACAGCUGUUGGCACUGGUCUUAAUACCCGCAUUGGUUUUGCGGAAAAAUGUGCCACACGCAUUGCUCAACUUACCAAAUUGCCAUUUGUAUCAGCGCCGAACAAAUUUGAAGCCUUGGCAGCACGCGAUGCCAUGGUGGAGGUGCAUGGUGUUUUAAAUACGAUCGCCGUUAGCUUAAUGAAAAUUGGUAACGAUAUUCGUUUCCUCGGUUCUGGUCCACGUUGCGGGUUGGGUGAACUGAUGCUGCCCGAAAACGAGCCAGGCAGUUCUAUUAUGCCAGGAAAGGUGAAUCCAACUCAGUGCGAAUCGUUAACCAUGUUAGCGGCGCAAGUUAUGGGCAAUCAUGUCGCGGUGACUGUUGGUGGUGCCAAUGGACAUUUCGAAUUGAAUGUUUUCAAACCCUUAAUCGUCUCCAAUGUUCUGCGUUCCAUACGCUUGUUAUCUGAUGGCUCACGCACAUUCACUUCCAACUGCGUCAACGGUAUACAGGCGAAUCGCGAUCGCAUUGGCAAGAUCAUGGCUGAAUCUUUGAUGUUGGUGACUGCAUUGAAUCCCCAUAUUGGUUACGACAAAGCUGCCAAAAUUGCCAAGACUGCCCACAAAAACGGUACCACUUUGAAGGAAGAAGCCAUUAACUUGGGCUACCUGACUGCCGAGCAGUUUGAGCAAUGGGUUAAACCAGCUGAGAUGUUGGGACCCAAAUAAACAUACCGACUUUAAUUUUGAUAUUAAAAGUUUGUAUAAAACGAAUUGAAUUCGAACGAUACUCUAUAUGAUAGUCAUGUUGUGAAACACUAUUUAAAUCUAAAAGAAUGAAAUACACAAGAUAUAUAAGACGA